UUGGUAGGACAAGCUGACAAGCACAAGACUUAUUUUUUAUAGACAAAAUCAUAACAUUUUAAUAUUUUAUAAGGUAAUGAAAGACUAUUCAAAAUGUAAUCUUAAUUUCAUUUUGUGAUAAUAGUUAACAUUACAUGGAGAAGAACAGAGAUCAUCAAAGAAGUUCAACGACCACCACCCGCGACGAAGAUAUGGCGGCAGAAACUCUACUUAAACCGGUGCUUCAAAAACCACCAGGCUAUCGUGAGCUCCAUUCGCAACCUCAAACUCCACUCGGAUCAUCAUCAUCAUCAACGCUUCGUCGCCCACCAAAACAUGCGAUCCCGGCGUCAUUUUACCCGACGAAGAAGAAACAAUGGAGUCGUUGCCGCGUCUUUUGCUGCUGCGUCUGCAUCACCGUCGCAAUUGUCAUCCUCCUCCUUAUCCUCACCGUCUCCGUCUUCUUCCUUUAUUACAGCCCGAGACUCCCCGUCGUACGUCUCUCCUCCUUCCGCGUCAGCAAUUUCAACUUUUCCGGUGGAAAACCCGGCGACGGUUUAUCGCACCUGACGGCGGAGGCGACGGCGAGGCUCGAUUUCAGAAACCCUAACGGGAAGUUGCGUUACUAUUACGGUAACGUUGACGUGGCGGUGAGUGUUGGAGAAGGUGAUUUUGAAACGAGCCUAGGGUCGACGAAAGUCAAAGGGUUUGUGGAGAAGCCAGGGAAUCGGACGGUUGUGAUUGUUCCGAUAAAAGUGAAGAAACAACAGGUGGAUGAUCCGACGGUUAAGAGGCUUAGAGCGGAGAUGAAGAGUAAGAAGUUGGUGGUGAAAGUGACGGCUAAGACGAAGGUGGGAUUGGGUGUGGGAAGGCGUAAGAUUGUUACGGUGGGGGUUACUAUCAGUUGCGGUGGCGUGACAUUACAAACGCUUGAUUCGAAGAUGACUAAAUGCACCAUUAAAAUGCUUAAAUGGAUUAAAUUGCACUCAUAAGUAAUGAUGAUUGAUUGAUGUGUCUUUUUCGUCGGGAUUCAAAACGUGGCGAAAAGUUGAGCUUUACGAAUGAUCACUGUGUAUGUAUUUGUAUUUUUCUUUUCCCUUCUUGUUUUCACUUUUCAUAUAUAAUUACGAUCCAAUAUGCAAUAAUCUUUACAUUAUUUUACUAAAUAUGUAUUCUUAGGAUGUAGAGAAAAUAUUCUCCAAUUAUGAAGUUUGUUUCCUAGGAAUGGAUAUAGAUAUUAUUAUGAAGUUGGCUGUGUCUUUGUUCAACAAUUCGCGCACACAUGAAAUUUGCCUUACACCUUUAGUCCUUUACAUGAUACAAAUUCAUAAGCCAAGUACAGAAUCGCAGAAUUAUUCAACUAAAUCGCAAAGUAACCAAUAAGAGUCAUAACAACAGUGUAAAUAAUUGAAUGAGAAAAGAGCAGCCCAAACAUGUUGUAGCACAAACUGCAGUACCAAAUGUAGUUGGCCACUGACUUAUUUGAUUCAGCAUAAAAGCAUAAACCCAAUCAUCUAUAAGUAGAAGAGAAAAAAAAAAAAAAAAA